CUAAAUUGCUCAAUUCUCUCGGCCACAGGUAAGCUUCUUCGACUUCACUCUUUGACCCAAUACUACUUUCCUCACCCCCUGUGGUUUCCUUUGUUAAACCCUUCAAUUCUCUUUCUCAAUUUGAUAAACCCUAGUUCUGCUAUAGACCUAGACAAGGAUGGUGACUAAAGCAGAAAAACAAUUCGCCAAAAAUUUCAACAUAGACGAUCUCCCUGACGUCCCUGCCGGACUUCCUCCACAUCUCAAAGCCCAGCAAACUCGUGUCGUCUCUAAAAACAACGCUCCUGCUCAUACUGCGAGUGCCAUUUACUCGGGUACCUAUGUUUCUUCUACGGAAGAGGACGACAAUGUGAAGCUAGGAAACUUCUAUGAUAACUUCAAAGUUGAUGUGGUUAGUCUCACAAAGACAGAUAUGGAAUUUGAUAUGAUUGGUAUUGAUGCAGCGUUUGCCAAUGCAUUCCGAAGGAUCCUUAUAGCUGAGGUUCCUUCAAUGGCUAUUGAAAAAGUGUUGAUAGCGUACAACACAUCGGUUAUUAUAGACGAAGUUCUUGCUCACAGGAUGGGUCUUAUUCCAAUUGCCGCAGAUCCAAGACUUUUUGAAUAUUUAUCCGAACAUGAUCAGGCGAAUGAAAAGAACACCAUUGUAUUCAAACUCCAUGUGAAAUGUCCGAAAAAUAGACCACGUCUUAAAGUUUUAACGAGUGAUUUAAAAUGGUUACCAAAUGGAAGUGAGCUUCUGAGAGAAUCGGAAAAUAAAACCUCAAAGCCAAAAACUUACACUUCAUUCAGUUGCAGCCAAGAUUCAUUACCUGAAUUUGCUAAUAAUCCUAUCACUCCAUGCGACCUCGAUAUCUUGAUAGCAAAACUCGCCCCUGGUCAGGAAAUCGAGCUCGAAGCUCAUGCGGUUAAGGGCAUUGGUAAAACACAUGCAAAGUGGUCUCCAGUAGGGACUGCUUGGUAUAGAAUGCAUCCUGAGGUGAGAAGUAUAUACAUCAAUCUAUCAUAUGCUUUAUGGGAAACAGCUCUUUGUUUUGUCUUUCCUCAUCCCAAUAUAUAUGUUUCGUAAUGCUUUUGUUUAUACUAUCUUAGGUGGUUCUACGUGGGGAAGUUGAGGAUGAACUUGCUGAACGACUUGUAAACGUCUGCCCACAGAAUGUUUUCGACAUUGAAGACAUGGGAAAAGGUAAGAAAAGGGCAACAGUAGCGCAGCCACGUAAGUGCACAUUGUGUAAGGAAUGCGUAAGAGACGAUGAUUUGGUAGACCAUGUGGAUCUUGGCAGUGUUAAGAACCAUUUUAUAUUUAACAUUGAGUCCACCGGAUCACUGCCUCCAGAGGUUCUCUUCACUGAAGCUGUGAAGAUAUUGGAAGCUAAAUGUGAAGCUAUAACCGACUUUUGAGUUCUGGUUUAGUUCAAUUUUGAAUUGUCUGUCUAUCAAUGUUUCUCCUCCUAUUGAUAAAUUACCAACAAACAACAUUGACAUAUUUAUUUAUACGGUUGUUGUUCAAUUUGGAUUUUCAUUAGCCUUCUGAGUUCUGAUUCAUAACAAAAUUCCUAGCUG